AGUGGAAGGGUGGGUGAAGGAGGAAGCUGUUGGAGGCUCACCGUGCGCAUCUACAGUCUUCCUCCACGAAGCGUUUUGAUGGGAUGUGACCGAAGAGUUGAGGUUGUGGUAAAUAUUUGUCUUGGGCUGGUGAGGUGACUGGCUGGCCGGCAUUUAAAGGAGCCGUAGCCUUUAUUUUGGUUGGGUGGGGAGUCCGCCUGCCUCUCCUUCAGGAGGGAGCGGGGAAGGAGAUGGUCUCAGAAUGGGGACGUGGCUCUCGCUUGGCAAAGCAACGAUGGCUGACCUGUCGUUGGUCCUUCCCGUGCAGGAUUGAGAUUGUCAGUGAUUCAUUGUCAGCCUAAGAAGAUCAAGCUACCAUUCCACAAGUUAAUUUGAAUUAAGGAGCAUUAUCCAAGAGUGAAACACUAGAAUAGUAUCAGUACACUGAACUUUUCCAGUUUGAUAGAUGCUAGUUAUUGCUAUGUUUUGGAGAAAAAUCCAGCAAGGAACUCACACUGCAUUGCUAAUGUGGAGGAAUUUAACACUGAACAAAGGAGACUGUGCCAUGUUUAACCUCUUUUGUCUUUGUGCUUUUUGGGGAUUUUAAUGCAUAUUUGAUUCACUGGUUCCAAUGUAUACCACAGCUGAUAGCUAAUUUUUAUAAACUGAUCACACUACAUGUGUAUCUGAAAUGCGAAAAGCAUAUGACAGAGAAUUUGGGAUAACUAUUGAUUGCUUUCCUUCAACUGGUAAUACAAACUGGACAAUGAGAGUAGCUGGAUAUAUUCCCUUGUGGGUGUUGGCUUCACUGCUGUGCUGUCAAUUAAUAACUUCUGCAGAACAUGAGGAUAUAGUGAAGCAUGCAAUAAAGCUCCAUCGUGGGAAAGGAGCUGCCACAACUCAGAGGAAACAGUGGCUUGUAGAAAACUGCAGAAAGCUAUCUGGUCUCCUUCGUCAAAAGAAUGUGGUUCUCAACAAACUUAAAAGUGCAAUAAGAGCAGUGGAAAAGGAUUCCACAUUGUCUCCUGAAGAGAGGACUUUUCAGGUCCACACAUUUGAAAUUUUCCAAAAGGAGCUGAAUGAAAGUGAGAAUUCAGUCUUUCAAGCAAUUCAUGGACUCCAAAGAGCCCUUCAAGGUGAUUAUAAAGAUGUCGUGAACAUGAAAGAAAGUAGUCGGCAACGACUGGAAGCCUUGAGAGAAGCUGCAAUAAAGGAAGAAACAGAAUAUGUUGAACUUCUAGCAGCAGAAAAACAUCAAGUCGAAGCCCUGAAAAACAUGCAGCAUCAAAAUAAGAGUCUGUCUAUUCUUGAUGAGAUUCUUGAAGAUGUUAGAAAAGCAGCCGAUAGGCUGGAAGAGGAAAUAGAAGAGCAUGCCUUUGAUGACAACAAGUCAGUGAGAGGAGUUAAUUUUGAAGCUGUUUUAAGAGUGGAAGAGGAUGAAACAGACUCAAAAAGGAAUAUUUCAAAAAGAGAAGUAGAAGACGAUUUGGGUCUAAGCAUGCUUAUUGACUCCCAAAACAACCAGUACAUACUUACUAAGCCCAGGGACUCAACCAUUCCACGUGCUGAUCACCAUUUUAUAAAGGAUAUUGUGACCAUAGGAAUGCUAUCUUUGCCGUGUGGCUGGCUGUGCACAACAAUAGGAUUACCUACUAUGUUUGGGUACAUUAUUUGUGGAGUGCUUUUGGGACCGUCAGGACUGAAUAGCAUUAAGUCAAUUGUACAGAUUGAGACACUGGGAGAAUUUGGUGUAUUCUUCACACUGUUUCUGGUUGGCUUGGAGUUUUCUCCUGAAAGAUUAAGAAAGGUAUGGAAGAUAUCAUUGCAAGGACCCUGUUACAUGACUUUGCUGAUGAUUGCAUUUGGCUUACUGUGGGGACACUUCCUACAAAUUAGAGCAACUCAGAUUGUUUUCAUUGCUACUUGUUUAUCACUAUCAAGCACACCAUUAGUAUCCAGAUUUCUAGCAGGGAGUUCUCGAGGUGAUAAAGAAGGUGAUAUUGACUAUAGCAGUGUUCUACUUGGAAUGUUGAUAAUGCAGGAUGUGCAGCUUGGCUUAUUUAUAGCUAUUAUGCCAACGCUUAUUCAAGCUGGAGUUGGCACGCAUUCCAGCAUUAUCAAGGAAAUACUGAGAAUACUGACACUGGUUGGACAAAUUCUCUUUUCUUUGGCUGCUGUCUUCUUUAUGUGUCUUGUUUUAAAGACAUAUCUAAUAGGACCAUACUACCGCAAGUUGCAUGUGGAAAGCAAAGGAAAUAAAGAAAUCUUAGUUCUAGGAAUAUCUGCUUUUAUGUUUUUUAUGUUAAUGAUUACAGAUUUAUUAGAUGUCUCUAUGGAACUGGGAUGCUUUCUAGCAGGAGCACUUAUUUCUUCUCAGGGUCACAUGGUUACAGAAGAGAUCAUGUCCUGCAUUGAACCAAUACGCGACUUCCUUGCCAUCAUAUUCUUUGCAUCAAUAGGUCUUCAUGUUUUCCCUACAUUUGUCAUUUAUGAACUCACAGUCUUGCUGUUCCUUACAUUGUCAGUUGUAAUAAUGAAGUUUUUCCUGGCAGUACUUGUCCUUUCUCUCAUUCUUCCAAAGAGUAGCCAGUACAUCAAAUGGAUUGUAUCUGCAGGUUUGGCGCAAGUCAGUGAGUUUUCCUUUGUCUUGGGAAGUAGAGCACGCAGAGCAGGGAUAAUUUCUCGAGAGGUCUACCUCCUUAUUCUGAGUGUAACUACUCUAAGCCUGUUGCUUGCACCAGCAUUGUGGAGAGCUGCAAUUAUGAAAUGUGUACCAAAAUCAGAAAGACGAUUGAGCUCUUGAAGAUGUUUACUGCAAGAGACUUCCAUGAAGGACAUGUCUCUGUAGUCAUUCAAUGUGUUACAAAGAAAAGAAGUUUUAUGUUCCUCUGUUUAGUUAGAAGAGGUACACUAAUGAAACAUAUUAUUUUAAAAACAUGGAAGUAUGUGUUAAAUGAUUUUGCAAAAUUGCAUUUUUUUUAAAAAAGCAAUCUAUGAAACUAAUCAUUGACUACUGUGCCUUUUUUGAUCAUUAUUUGCAUUCACUGCAGAAAACUGUGUAUUUUAUGGUGCCUGUGGUACUAUUAUAGAACUUUUCAAUACAUUUUUCUAUUCUAAUAUUAGCCACAAAAUAUGUGCUUUCUGUGGUAUAUAAAGUUUAAUUUAUUUCAAAAGGAAUGUUAAACUAUUAAAUCUAUUUGAGGAUUUAAAAUUCAUAUUUGUAAAGAAUGGUGUUUCCUGAUUUAUCCAUUACUGUCUUGUAAUUACUGUAACUUUGAUUUGUCAUAUUGUUGAUUCAUAAUUUAUUGUGAUUAGAAAUAGACUACUUGUUUAUGUUCUCAAUAAUUUAUUUAUCAUGUUAACUGUUUGAAACCAAAGCUCAACAGAAAUUGAAAAAAAAAAUUGGUGGGGGGAGAUACAUAUAUUUGGGUUUUAGUGUCAUUGCCAGAUAAGGAAUUUAACAACUAGCAACAAUGUUUCAGAAACUUCAUAACUCAGAAAAUACAUUCUCAGACAGAAUAAAGAUAAGUGUUCCGUUAUUACUUUCAAUUAUAACUGAAAAUUUAAA